AUGCCGAUAUGGGCAGGUUACGGCAUACUGGAAUUUCGAUUGUCCAAGGAUAAGAGAAGCAUUUUUUCUGAGAUCAGACGAAAUCCACCAGAGCCAAAGCGUACCAUUGACUUGUUGGGGUUGCUUACUCAAAGAUUUGGGAGUAGAGCUGGUGAUAUGAAGCUAGAGACCUUGGCUGCCUACUUUGGACUUGGUAACCAGACACAUGAGUCUGGAUUAUGUCAAGAUGAGUGUCGAGGUUCUCAAGAGUCAAGUCAUUUAAAUGAACUUGUAGAGAACUCGAUUACUACUUCAGAAACAAGUUCAAGAAGGCGUAGGAAUAUCAGCACAUCUCCUCUGCAAUCUUUUGCUUAUCGGAAGACCGGAGAGAACAGUACAUCUAAACGUCUUUUAUCAUUUGUUUCACUUAAAGAAGCUCAAAUGAAUCUAUUUGAUAUGAGAACUUUGAGGAACGAAAUUGCCCCAAAGGUAGUUCAAUCAGAUUACCAGUCUGAGACUGUCGCCUCUGAAGGAUUCUUGGAUAUUGACGAAAUAUCAAUUCCAAGUAUCAGAGCAACUCAUGUCCCGCUAUAUGACGAAAGAAAAAUAAUGAAACUACAACUCUUCCUUGGAGACAGACCUCUUCGUCUCCAUUGUCCUUGUCUGGUGGUACGGUUUGGGAUCAAUGGGAAAUUUCGGAUAAUGUUGGGAGACCGAACGACAUACUUUUAUGAAGAUGUAGACCGGUAUGCAGUUGAGAUACAUCAGGGAGAGUUCUCUGGAGUUACUCAGAGACUCAUUUCGAGGAACCCAAACACUGAUGAGCUUAAAGCCAUGGUAUCCAAAGGAACUGUUCUCGAGGCCUUCCUGUCUAUAGAACCUUAUGAUUAUCAGCAGAGAGCUGGAAUCCGUCUAAACAUCAAAGAGGAAUGUACGAUGGACCUAUUGGGUUCUUUGAUGGUGUAG